CGUGGUAUUUUGUGGCAAUGUGCUUGUGGGAUGUGUGCUUGAGUUUCCUAUUGGUUGAAUUUGAUUGAGGACAAUGGUGCCUGAUAAAGAUAAAUAUGCUUUCUUGCAAAGGAGUGAGCGAAAACUAUCAAAGUUGCUCCAGAAAUCUAGACAUUGUUUACGUCUGAUGAUGACGGCAUUACUCUUUUCGAUGGAUAGGGCCAUGCUGGACCUGUUCCCUCCUACAUUUUGGCAUCCCUGCCAAUGCAGCUGACUCGCUAGCUCCUUGCCAUAGAUAUAUGCUCCUUGCUUACCAACAAUUUUCGACCUAGGCUAAGUUCACCGUCAUUUCUUACACAAUGCCGGAGGCUGUGUGUGAAAUCCAGACCAUUCGGAAGCACCGUGACCUGCUUUCUGCUCUGAGUCUCAGUUCAAGCUAGUGCUCCUUGAGAACAGACGUGUCCUCUUCUCUGACUGGAAGUCAGCCUUUGUCCUUCCCACGCUGGUUGGAGCCCCCCUUCAUACAUCACGACACAUGUUCAAGCCUCAAGGGAUUAAAGGCUUCUUUUGAUCAUCUGUAGCUGUAAACUGAAAAUUGAGUGAAGCCUGGUUGUCCACGUAUUUAACGUUGCCAAAGCUGAAGUUUGGUCAGAGGCAGAAAGUAUUGGAAACCUACUGAAUGAUGGAGGAAAAGCAACAAGGAUGUUCUGUAUGGUGAAUUUUAUUAGUAAGUUUAUACUGUAGUUAUGUGGAGAUAUUUAAUGAUUUUUUAAUGGAAAUUUGUUUUUUGUAUUGCUCAGCUAUUUCCAUAACAUGUUAUUAUGCAGUGAAACAUUCCAGUGUACUGUACCAGCAUCAAAGUAAAAUUAUUUUCAUACACUAACAACUCCCUACAUGCUCUGUAGGGGUCAUUGUUGACUGAUAUGUGAUGCUGCCCCAUAGAAGUCAGGAGUGGCUUUAAGUAUAACUCAUUUUCAGAUACUUAUAAUAUACCAUAAGGUGAAACAAAAUGAUGAGUACUGCUACUACAACAGAGUUAAGAGUCAUCGGUAUGGAUGAGCGCAGUGAGGAAAAGAAGUAUGAGUGUAUGGUCUGCCAUAAGAGAUUCACUCGAAAGGACACCCUAAACAGUCACAUGAAACUGCAUAGUGGAGAGAAGAAAUUUGAGUGUCUGACAUGUGGCAGGAAAUUCCGGAGGAAAGACACAUUGACUUGUCACAUGAGGGUUCAUAGCAAUGAAAAGAAUUUUGAAUGUGUCAUUUGUCACAAGAGAUUUAAUCGCAAAGACAUUCUCAACAGCCACAUGAAUGUGCACAGUGAUGAAAAAAAUUAUGAGUGUUUUUUAUGCCUGAGGAGGUUCACUCGUAGAGAUACGCUAACUUGUCAUAUGAAUGUUCAUAGGGAAAAGAAAUUUGAAUGUGUUGUUUGCAACAAGAAAUUUAGCCGUAAAGAUACUCUCAGUAGCCACAUGAACAUGCAUGAUGAUAAUGCAAAAUAUGCGUGUUGUGUUUGUCGUAAGAGGUUUACCAGAAAUAGUAGCCUUGUUAAGCAUAUGCGUUCACAUGUGAAGGAAAUUGUGAAGGAUAUCUCAUACCAGUGUAAUGUGUGCAAUGAAAUGUAUAUGUCAGAGACUGAUCUGGAGCAGCAUAUCAUGAGUCAUAGUGAAAUCUGUAAUAAGAUUGAGGUUCUCUCUUCAGAACUACCUCAGCAUAGUGUUAGCCACAUUGUUGAUCCACAGAGUGAAACUGGAAAAGUGGCAACAGAACUCCAACCCCAUAGCAUUAGCCAUAAUGUGGAAUUAGACCAUGAAAUGCCAUUUGAAGUUGAAGUCAAUCCAUUUUUGUUCAUGGAAGAUGAGGCAGAAGUGUGCAGUUAUGAUGAUACACAGGUGAAAAUUGAGAUAACAACCAAUAAGAAUCCAGAGUCCUUUUUGAGCAGAGAAGCAGUAAGUACAGCUCAAAUAACCUCAGGCCUGUAACACAGAUUGAUUUCCUAAUUUUUUUGAGUUAUAGCCUGGGAGGAGCUUUUCAGGUUGCUGGAGGAGGGAACUGGUUUUAAGGUGAAUGUGUAUUUUAAAAAUGAUUAUUUUGUUGUUUUAGUCCUGUUCCAGUGUUCAGUACAUGAAUUUAUUAUGUUUUUGCAGGAUUUACACAUGUAAAUGGUUGUUUAAAGUUCUCAACUGUAUGGAUCUCAAAAGUAUUAGAGUAUUAGGUAACCAGUUAGCACUGGCAACUUUGAAAGCUUAAAAUUUUCAUUCUAAUACAGUUUUAAUACAUAUCUGAAUCUGAAUACAGUUUUUAAUACAUUUCUGAAUCUGUCAGUGAAAUUUGUACUUGAAGAAGAGAAGACUUCAUUAUAGUCGUUAGUUUUACUUAUUCAUAACUAGGAUUUUUAUCAGUGUGAAUGUUAUUUAGUGCUUAAAGUUGCAGAUAUUCAUUACAGUUUGGAAUGCGAGGCAUAUACAUUCUUGGUAUGAAAUGGUUUGUAUAUGUAAGCAAAAGAAGACUUAGCCAAUAGAGCAACCAGAUUACAUGUCAUCAUUUUUUAAUUGUAGAUCCCUUUGAUUGUAAACUCAGUACGUACAGUAAUUAUAAAUAUAAAAGUGAGAAAUUUGGUAUGUGAAUAAUGAUUGAAAAAUCAUAGAUGCAAAGAUCAAGGGAAGGUCAAUACGAAAAUACCUAAAUUACAAAAAUAUCUAUUUUACCUCUGCCAGAUGGUGGAAGAAAUGAGGUGAUGUAGUGAAUGUAAUUGUCCAACAGGUCCUCUGGGAAAUUGUAAUUGAAAGACUGUUGAUAAUACUAUUUGGAGUGUAAGUGUUGGGUAAUAAGUAUUACAAAGUCUGUUUUGCGGGGUAAGUGGAGUUAAGUUUGUUACUAUGGUAGUAUUUAUAUACUAACUACAAUUUGAUAUAUCAAAAAAGGAAAUCAACUUUCACAAAUGUUAUCAUGAAAUGAUGACAUUAAUCGCAGUUGGUGCAUAAUAAAUUAAAUUUGGGUUUAUUUGUACUAUUUAGAUAUGUAGUCAAUAUCAACUGAAUGUAACUAUAUAUAUAUAUAAUGAAAUGCAAUAAAGUUUGAGAUAAAUAAUAUGAUGCAUUGAGUUGCAGUAGCUGAGUUGUAUGAUUGCAGUAUCAUGUAUACAGUGAAAAUGUAUUCUGAACACUUGUUUAUGUUUGUUAGAUUAGAAAAAUUGUAGUGUGAAAGCCUCUUUUAAAAUACAGAUCAUACCUUU